AUGGAGAAAAAACUAAAAAAAAACCAAAAACCAAAUCUCCAAAUCACGAAAACAAAAACAAAAACGAGUAUUAACAUUAACCAACUAACCCCCUCCUUCUCCAUAGAAACGUCGAUGAGUAGUAGUAGUAGUAAUAACAACAACAACAAGAAUAACAACAGCAACAACACUCCAGCAAUAAACUUGCAAGCUGAACUUCUAGAGUUUCAAAAUCUGAAAUAUCCAACAAUUCAAGAAACAAUCAUUAAUAAUGCAUCAAUUUUAUAUAAACGAAAGAAAUUCUUUUUAACUGAAUUACGAGAAUCAAUUCAAUUUCUUGAAUGUUUUUUAAUAAUAUUAAUAUAUUUACGAGAUUUAUCAUUUUUUAAAUUAUUAAUUCGUUCAACUAUUCAUUUAUCAAUUAUAAAUAUAAAUCCUCCAUUACGAUUACAAAUACAAUAUCUGGAUGAUUCUAAAAAAUCAUUAAUUAAAAUAUCAUUAAGAGGAUUAAUAAUUGGGAAUUUAUUUUGUUUAUUAACUCAUUUAAUAUUUGGUAUAUAUCAAGAAAGUCCUAAUUAUGAUGGAUAUUUACAUGGUGGAAUAACUAUACAAUUUAUUGGUGAAAGAUUACCUUAUUCACGAUUUGAAUUAAUUAUAUUGGAUAUAAUGGUUUUCUUUGUCCAAUUGUUGUUUCAUAAUCUUGUUGGUGUUAUUGUUGAUUCUGAAGUAUUACAAGUGACACCAAUACAAACAGAAAGCAAUAAUGAUAGUAGCUUAGGAGUGGAUGAACAAUUAGAUGGUACAUUUGGAAUGGAUAGAGUUCAUAUUGAACAAGAUGGAUAUAAUGGGAAUGUCUAUUUAUUGACAAUAGAUAUACUAGGUAAUAUUAAAAAAGUGCUUGAUUAUCAAAUUAAUUUUCAACCACCAGGGAGAUCUGAGUUGGAAGCAAAUCAAGCACAAAUGCCUGGUGCUUUUCCUGGUGCAAAUUUUGCCCUAUAG